AUGGAAGCUAAGCUGAGCCUGCUUCUGCUCGGCGAGUCCCAUCUUGCCCAUGCCCUUUGCUCCCUGAGCCUGAAGAACAUCUUUGCCGUCCGAUGCUGUCACCGCUCACUCAACCAACUAGUUUGUGGAGGUCCAGCUUCUCUCGGAGGCAAGCUCCUACUUCAUCACUCAAAACUUGGCUCCUACCUCGGCCGAAUCGACUCCGACCCGGGCUUUUUGACGAGUUGGCUUGCAGUCAACCUGUUGCAGUGGGCACGAAUGGAUCAGAUUCCAGUGAUGCACAACGUGCAGCUGCAGAUGAGACAAGGGGAUACCGGCCCCACUGGCAUCUCACGCCGCUUUGCACAGCUGAACAGUGAGUUGGCGCGCAUGCUUGCGUUCGCCAACCUCAAGCAGACGAGGUUUUCCUGCACAGCUAUUGAACACGCCGCGAUGAAAGAGCUCAUUAUGAAAUUGCCACAGAAUAUGACGUGGACCGACUGCCGCUACUACGAUGCCUUCGCCAUCACACGCGGGAGGAAGCACGGCGGACGCCGGUGCAAGUCGGAGCACCACUGGAUUUGCCAGAAGCCCUCGGCUCAGUCGUGCGGGGGGUGGGCGGUGCAGUUGGGGUUUAGGGUUUAG